GUUGUGACAGGGACCGUGACAGCGACAGGCCCCGCCGCCCGGCACGAGUCCCUGCCCGCCCGCACUCGGGCCUUGCCGCCGCCGGCUCCGCUUCCUGCCCGGCCCGCGCCAUGAAGUGGAUGUUCAAGGAGGACCACGCGCUGGAGCACAGAUGUGUCGAGUCAGCAAAAAUCCGAGCCAAAUACCCUGACCGUGUCCCGGUCAUAGUGGAGAAGGUCUCAGGAUCUCAGAUUGUUGAUAUUGACAAGAGGAAGUACUUAGUUCCAUCUGACAUCACUGUGGCCCAGUUUAUGUGGAUCAUCAGGAAGAGGAUUCAGCUGCCCUCUGAGAAGGCAAUAUUCCUCUUUGUAGAUAAGACUGUCCCACAGUCUAGCUUAACUAUGGGACAACUUUAUGAGAAGGAGAAGGAUGAAGAUGGAUUCUUAUAUGUUGCCUACAGUGGAGAGAACACAUUUGGUUUCUGAAUGGUGGGUCUUGGCUACUAUACCAUCCUGCUGUGUAUCUUGUAAAUAGCUGAUCAUUUUCUGUUCUGACAUCCACAUAAGUUUCUUCUAUAUACAUGUAUUUGUAACUGGAUUUAUUUCCUAAUGUAUCUAUAGGUCUUGUUUUAUUAGACUGUUAAAUUAUAAAAAAAAGUGUGUUUUUUCUCAUGGCUAUGGAAUCGCAGAGCCUCACUCCUUUAGGGGAUACAUUUAAUGGCAUUGAUUAAAUAAUAAAGUAAAGUAGUUGAGCUACUAAAACAUGAAAAGAAUGCACAUUUAUUCUGUUUUAAGGAGUUAAUUUAUGAAAAAUAAAAACAUUAAAUUAGUAUUGGGAACACUGGAUUUGCUAGGUUAUCCUAAGCAGUAGCAAGAUGCUGAUCAUGUUGAAUCGAGAAAGUAUGUUCCUCUUUCUCAAUUAACAGAGUACAAUAAAAAUUCCUACCACAAACAGA